UAACGGAGUUCUCUUUUGUUUGACAAAUGUUUUCUCUGUUUAUAAAUAAUAAAACUUAAAUCGUAAAUGCGAAAAAAAUUAUAUGAAGUUUCUAAAAGAGUUUAAAAUAUAGCAAGAUGUUGGAUGGAUCUGAAAUGAUAAUAUUUACCGAAAAGUUGAUCGAAGAGAUUAAACAUUUCCCUGUUUUGUAUGACAGAAAAUUAACGCGAGCAAAGGACAAGAUCGAUAAGGAGGAAGCAUGGAUAUCACUAACAGAUCGGCUACCCACAAAUUUAGGAAUUAAAGUUGAUGAUACCAAGAAAAGAUGGAAAACACUAAAAGAUUGUUAUUCGAAAUAUCUUCGCAGUUUUAGAACGAGCAAUAGAUUUGAAGCCCGAUAUCAAUCAUGGCGAUGGUCGGAGCAGAUGGAGUUUUUUAAACCAUUUAUGUUACACAAUGAUAGAUACGAUGGUGAUCAAGACACAAUUCGAAACAAAGCGAAAAAAAGAAAUUACGACAAAAGAUUGAAUGACUACCAAACACACAUUGUUAAAAAUAAUUUAAAAAGUCGUACAAAACUAGAUAUAAGUAAAGAAGUAUAUGUUAAAAGUUCUCAGUUCAACCAGACCCAGAGUCCAAGUAACGAAAUUAAAGGCGAAAUAGAUGAAGUCGAUGAGGAAGAUUAUCAAGCUAUUGCCAACGCAGUAUCAGAUUAUGGAAACACAUCAGGUGGUUGGGAUGAACUAAUGGAUGAACCUGAUAAUGAAGAAAUUCUCUAUAAUUCAACUUCAAAAAGCAUAACAUCAGUGGACCAUGACAAAUAUAUAGACCCUUUGGGGGCAAGAAAUUUUGAUGGCAUAGAUUUGACCUUUCUUGGAUAUGCCAGUAGCAUCAAGAAACUCUCACCUCGCAGACAAUCUAUUAUCAAAUUUGCUGUUGCAAAGCUGAUAAUGCGAGAAGAGUUAGCACAACAAAAUGAUAAUGAAAAUCAUUAUUUUCAUAAUGUAACCACAUAAAAUAUCGAAUUAAAUAAAAUAUUGUGUUUGAUACUUAUUACUUAUA